GUAAGCAAAAUUAUUAUUAUUAAAUAUGCCUUUUGUAAAAUCAAUUAAGGGAAGAUCCUACUUCGGUAGAUACCAAACUAAGUUCAGAAGGAGAAGAGAAGCAAGAACUGACUACUAUGCCAGAAGAAAGAUGAUAAUGCAAGACAAGAACAAGUAUGAUAGCAAGAAAUACAGAUUCGUUGUUAGAAAGACCAACUCCAGAUUCAUCUGCCAGGUUGCAUAUGCCACUCCAAACGGAGAUAGAAUCAUGGCUGAGGCUAAAUCUACUGAAUUGGUUAGAUUCGGACUUACCGCUGGAUUGACCAACUACGCCGCCGCUUACUGUACCGGACUCUUGUGCGCUAGAAGACUUCUCAAGACCUUGAAACUUGACGAUCUCUAUAAAGGCGUGGAAGAAGUUGACGGUAACGUAUGGGAUGUCUAUGAACAAGACAAGGUUGAUGAGAAGAGAAGACCAUUCAAGGCUGUCUUGGAUGUCGGAAUCACCUCUACCACUACCGGAAACAAAGUAUUCGGAGCCAUGAAAGGUGCCUCUGACGGAGGAAUCUACAUUAAACACAACAAUAAGAGAUUCCCAGGAUUCAAGAUCAGAAAGCCAGAAGAGAAAGGUGAGAAGAGAACUGAAACCUUCGAAGCUGACGAGCACAGAGCCAAGAUCUUCGGAUUAAACAUUGAAGAAUACAUGGACAAGCUCGAAGAAGAAGAUAAGAAGAAGUACAAGCUCCAAUUCUCCCAGUGGGACAAGUGUCUCGAAGCCAACAAAUUGGACUCUCUUGAAGAGCUCUACAAGAAGGUUCAUGAGCAAAUCAGAGCCAACCCAGACAGAGAAGCUCUAAAGAAGACCGACCCAGUCAGAAAGAGCCUCGACGAAAUCAAGAGCGUCUAUGAGAACUCCCAAGGAAAGAAGUGGAAGAUCGACAGAAAGCUCACUCUUGAACAAAGAAAGGAAAGAGUCCAGGAGAGAAUUGCUGAUGCCGUCAGAAGAACCCAGGAAGCCUCAUAAAUGUUCCUCCCUUAAUAACCUCAACUCUA